UAAAUCAUUAUACUUUGAUUUAAUUCAUUGGAUUUAGAGUUGAUUUUGUAUUAAAAAGUGUUUGUGAUGACAGCGCCGGCAUAUAUCGGGCCGAUUGUGGUGACAGCCUUUUGGGUGAUUGUGGGCGCAGUCCUGCCUUUCUUUGUGCCCAAAGGACCCAAUAAGGGAAUCGCGCAAACAAUACUCAUUACAACCGCUGUUUCCUGUUAUGUAUUGUGGUUGUGUACAUACAUCGCGCAAUUAAACCCGCUGUUUGGCCCUCAAGUGAAUAACGUAACGCUGAGUUUGAUGUUUCGCGACAAGUUUUAACACACGUGUCAUUUGGUGGCCAACAGAUCACCACUUCAUACACACAUUCAAUCAGUGAUAUCCAAGCGAUGUGUCGACCAUUUUUCGGCUAUUUAUAUAUUUAUAGAUAUUUUAUUGUUAUUAUUAUAUUAUAAAGAAAUUAUUAUAUUCC